CAGGAAUUUCCUGGCUUUAGUUGGAGAGGAUAUGCACAGAUGUCUUCCAUACAACCAGAGGUGGUUGUGCCUGUCACUGUGACUUCCUCUAAGCUCUUCCACCUAGUACUCCGCUAUGUCAGCCUGGUUUCAAAGAGCUCUAAAGGGAGGAUCUCAGUUGCUGAGGGGAAACAUUUUGACACUAAUUAUACUUAAUGAAGUGAGGAUAAUUCUGAAUGUGGAGAAAUCAAACCUCUACUUAUUUCAUGUUAUCUUGAGAUUUAUUAACCCUGGAAUUGAAAUGGUAUCUGGCCGCAUAACUGCUUACCAAUCUCGGUCUGAAACAGGGGCUACUCAGAGCAAAGACAUUGUCUUCCCACCCAGUAAGAAGCCGGCUUUUGCCACUGUCCCAGGAAACAGCUUUGCAGAUCCAUUCUCACUUAUUCCAGGAACAUGGAUUGUCAAUAUUAUGGCAGAGGGAGUCCUCCUGGAUUACAUGGUGCUGUUACCUAGUGAUUACUAUGAAGCACCAAUCUUGCAAUUACAAGUUACAGAACCUUGCACCUAUUCAGGACGUGCUACGACAGAUAACUGCUUGCUUUAUCAGCAUUUACCACUAGCCAGAUUUUCCUGUGUCCUCGGUUCAGAGGCGACACAUUUCUUGCUUGGUGGAGAGUACAGAAGAAUAGCUGUCCGACAGCCAACCCCAGAGCAUCCAGUGAUGUCACACAUCAGUGGAAUAGAGGUUGAUUUACAUCUGAGACUGAACAUUCCCCAAGUCGGUCGCUAUGUGGUAGUUCUUGAAUAUGCUAACGAAGAUGAUCAAUUACACUGCUGA